CACAUCCGGAAGGUGGGGCUUUUGUUUCAGAAGCGGUUUGUGUUUAGGGAACCAAAUGCCUCGAAAUACGACGAUAUUGGAGCCAUCGAGAUAACACCUGUCGAAGGCACAAAUUAAGAUUCUUCAUCGGUUUCAGAGUGAUUCAUUUUUUUUGGAACAUACACAAGUGAUUGCGUCAUGGCAACUGGCAAAAGUAAAAACCAGAGUUCCCUGGCUCUGCACAAAGUGAUCAUGGUGGGCAGUGGAGGCGUGGGGAAGUCUGCCCUCACCCUGCAGUUCAUGUACGACGAGUUUGUGGAGGACUAUGAGCCCACCAAGGCCGACAGCUACAGGAAGAAGGUGGUUUUGGACGGAGAAGAGGUCCAGAUUGACAUCCUGGACACGGCAGGCCAGGAGGACUACGCCGCCAUCAGGGAUAACUACUUCCGCAGCGGAGAGGGUUUCCUGCUGGUCUUUUCCAUCACGGAGCACGAGUCGUUCACAGCUACAGCGGAGUUCAGAGAGCAGAUCUUACGAGUGAAGGCGGAAGAGGACAAGAUCCCGCUGCUGCUGGUCGGAAACAAGUCAGACCUGGAGGAGCGUCGGCAAGUGUCCGUGGACGAAGCCCGGGGAAAGGCUGAGGAGUGGGGGGUGCAGUACGUGGAGACUUCCGCCAAAACCAGAGCCAACGUGGACAAGGUGUUCUUUGACCUGAUGCGAGACGUACGCGGGAAGAAAAUGUCAGAAAACAAAGACAAGAACGGAAAAGGAAAGAACAAGAAGAACAAGAAGAGCUUCAGAGAACGCUGCUGUUUACUUUGAGCCUGUCACGGACUCGAACCUCGCACAUGAGAAAAACCGAGGCGCCAUCAUGCAGAUAUAUUUUUUUUCUUGUUAGAAUUUAGUAUCUAGUACAAAUCUCAACCACUAUUUUUUCCAUUUCUUUCCUACUUGACAAGUCGGCGUCAGACGAUAAUCGCUGAUCUGACUGCGACUGUGGAGCUUGACGGCUUCUAACAAGCCAGCGACCAAACUGCCACUGACACUAAAACAGCUGCUCGACUAAACUGCCUUUGAUGAGCAAGCCUCAUUUUUUAUUUUGUUAUUCACCACUAUUUGAGUCCAUUUUACCUGAAUACAUCCACAGGAGCUGAUUCCUAAUGUCCACCUGAGAAGUAGACGCCAGAAUUUGCUUUCCCGAGGUUUAAGCGCUUUGCAUCGAGGUCUUUACACACCAGGGUUGUCCGCUUGUGCAAUAAAUGCUAAGAAAUGUUCUUAUAUUUCCAAACACAAAAUGACUAGUCGAGACUACGCUUCUGUCAUCGCCAUGUUUUGUGGUGUUACUUGACAUAACAGUAGUGAUGGGCUGGUGAGGCUUCAUGAAACAGUGUCGGAGCUCACUAGAUGUCGCUCUCUACUCUAAAACAUCUGGAUUUGAACAACCAUUUCAAUGAAAGCGUUCAGCAUUUUUUAAAGGUCGAGCGCCACCUACUGAGCUCUGAAAAUGAGGACACUGUUUCAUGAAGCCUCAUCACUGUAUUACAGCCCUAGUCGUGUGACAAUAUGAGUAAUGCACAAUGUAUGUCAUGGAGGAAGGGGCGAAAUGAUGAGCCAAAUGUAACGUGCCUCUCUUCUGUGGUGUCUGAAACAGAGCCCACUUUCCCCUCUAAAGUCUUUUGAUUUGAAGAACCAUUUCAAUGAAACCUGGAGACAGACAGCGCCACCUACCGAGGAAUUAGGACGCUGUUCCAUGGUUGGCUGAAAACAGUUGCUUUUUGAUCAGUUCACUCUAAAAGAGAAGUGUUUCUUUCAGCCAGCUGCAGCCCAUCGUGUCAUGUGACAAUGUGCCGUCGCCAUCUUAUGGAUGAAUCCAUGUGCACAAACGUUCAGAGCGAUGCUGCCUUCAUCUAGUUGGAGUUUAGAGCUAAUAUUUGCCUUUAUUAUUUUGAAAUUUGGCGCAUCCGGAACUUGCUAGCUCUGGACUCAAGUGUGCAUUUUGGGUAGGCAGAGUUUUGCAAGCGCUUCCUUUAAAUGAAUGUUUUUUUUUUGUUUUUUUUUUUAGCAUCACUGGAUCGUAGAUUUGGACACGAUAAUAACAAAGUAGAGAGCUACUUGCAGUUUUAUUUUUCUCUCCUCCCUCUGGUGUUUAAAGGCAGUGACUGUUUUUACCAACUAUUUCUAUUACAUUGGUACAACCCGCUAGUGCCACUAGGAAACAUGAGGCCUUUGAGUUUCAAGGUGCUGCAACGUAGAUAGACUUUAGUAAACACCUGUAGAGGAAGCAGUCGUUUCCUGAUAUCAGUCUUUCCUUUCUAGUCUCGUCUUCGUAUGAUUUAAAGUGCUAAAUGUUGACAAUCCAGGAAGCCGCCAUGUUUGACUUCAUGUCAACAGUUGUUAACCUCGACGUUUAUGUUUUUCCAAAUGUGCACUACAUCGUCACUUUGUGCCAUCAAAACUCUUGGGCGGCCGUUGCGUGUCGGAGUGUGUGUGUUUGAGAUGAUCGCGUGCACACUCUCGCCUGUGGCUGCAGCUUCGACCAGGACUGUCGAAGAGAACAUUUCAUUGAAAGCUAAAGGAGCAAUGGCCUGUUGUGGUUGUGCGAACCUUCCGUGUGAUCCGUCGUUUUCCAUCCUACAACUGUGAUACUGCCUGUGUCUCUGCAGUGAGUGUUGGUAAA